UGUAUUUUCAACCACGCCCGAGCGCCAUGAAUUACUGCCGAUGCAAUAUCCUUCUGGAGCACAGGCGUGACAUACUUUCCACAAAUCGCCGAUGCUUUCAGACGACGCGGAUCUGUGCGAUGAGGUCCUCCAUACUGUUGCCCGCGCCUUCCGCGCAUGGCAGCAAGCGCUGGUGCAGGCGAAGAAGAUACGCCUGGAGUCAGCAGAGCCACAAGAGCCACAAGCGCCGCGAGCAGAGCCACGAGCAUCAGUGGCCAAACUCCUUGGCAGUGAAGGCUAUCGGCAGCUCGGUGUCGGGCGUCGAAGCUUUCGAAGUCCACGCUUAUCGCAGGAGGCUCCGGUGGAAGCUGAAGUCGGCAGAACUACAGAAAUUGAGUCCUCUCCACAAGCUGAGCAGAUCGAAGCUGCUUCGUCAACGUACGAGGCUGUCCCAGACAAGCAUGCACAACCAUCUUUGGAUAUCCAACCAGAGGAGGUAGCGCCGAAAGCUCGCCCGCCAGAUGCCGAAGAUCCGGGCCCAGAGCAAGCUGUGCUCCCCAACGAAGCGUCACAGUUCAGCUCUUUGGAGCCACAUGAAGAUCAUGGAGCGGCCCCAGCAUCUCCAGAGACUCCAUCUCCGUCCUCUCCCGUCUUUGCUGUCAUUGAGGACUCGCCAAAACGGAGACCUGGACCCACUAUGUCGGACGACUGCAGCUGGUAUGUGCUAGGAGGAGAGGAGCCACCUCUUCGGGCUUCUGACGGAGUUUCUUGGCACCAGAGAGCCCGAGCUGGGCCAAGUGCACUUCUGCUGGCCGAAACCCGCUUGCGGCAAGGACAACGCAAAUUGGUGGCAUUGUGUUUGACAGCUUGGAGAGAAGGCCUUGGCUUUGCUACAUGCACUUCCUUAUGGGAAGAUGACGAGGAAGACAUGCAACGCUGGCACUUGCGUGGCCUUGAGCUGCGGCUGGAAGAGAGCCAAAGCCUACGUGAGAAGGAGCAGAAAGAAAGUGCCAAGGCAGAAGCGACCCUCAAGGAGCGCCUGAACAGUGAGUUCCAAGCAGAGCUUCAGUCCCAGGCAGUCGAAGCCGAGCGUCAUAGACAGAUGAUGGAGGCAGGCUUUCUGGAGAGACUUCUGGGCGCCGAGCGAGAGAGAGAUAAUUUGCAGGCCCAGAUCAACUACGCAGUGUACGAUGCUCAAAGGGAGAAAGACCUCAUGGAGGCACGCCUGCGUGGAGAACUGGAUGAUGCACACCACCAACAAGAAGUCCAGCAGGCCAAGACCUUCGCCAUCGAACAGGAUGCUCAACGGAUGCGGGAAAUUGAUCAGGCAAAGCUUUCUGCAGUGCUUCAUGACGAGCUGAGACUGAGAGAUGUCCGCGAGGCAAAGAUGGUCGAGGAUGUCCGAAGGCAGCAGGCGGCUGCUCAGCAGAGCAAUGCAGCGCUGGGAGAUCAGCUCCGGCAUGAACGCGCAGAACGGGAGGAGGAAAAACGCCGCUUUGCAGUCUUGCAGCAACAGCUUGAUGCUGCUAAGGCUGAGCUGGUGAAGGAGCAUGCCAGAGCUUUUGACCUGAAGGCUGCACUUGACAACCUGAAGACCGUGCAGGAGUUGCGAGAUGCGGAAGAGAAGAGCCGGAUGGAAGCGGAGGAAAGCCGGCAAGCCUUGCUGCAACAUGUGCAAGAGGUGGAAGAUCAUCGUGCUAGGCUGCAGGCGGAGGUGGAUGAAAUGCAGGCUGGCUACAUUAGCCUGAAGGCUGAAGCUGCUGCAGAGCAAUCCAAAGCCAAGAUUGCUGAGCAGACAUUGAAGGAGCGAGAUGUUCGCGUUGCGCAAUUGCUAGAGGAGAUUCAGAAGCAUCGAUCGCAACAAAAUCUUUUGAAAGACGAGGCUGCAGAGCUUGCUGACCAUCGUGCCUGGCUUGGGGAGGAUCAGCGGUGGCUCCUAACCUUGGAAACUCGAUUGAAGGAGGAGCAGAAAAAGGCUUCUGAGCUCGAAGACCAGCUGCUGAAGGAAAGGGUUAGGUGCGCUCGACGAUUGGAAGACAUGUCCGAAGAGAUUCUGCAAGAGAAGGCCAAAAGGCUUGAGCUACAGAAGCCAGGGCCACCAGAAAGAGAACGCCAGCAGAAGGAGGCAAAGUUUUUGGCAGAGCUCAACGAGUCCAAAAGACAGACACGUGCUUUUGAGCGGGGCUGGAAACAGGCCGUGCUUGAUGCCAAAGAUCUGGAGACACUGCUUGAGAAGGAGCGCCAGCAGCGAAAACUCCUCAGUGACUUCGUAGAGGACUUGGAGAGACGGUGCUUUUCUGUUCACAAGGACUUGCGUCUUGAACAUUUGCCAGAAAUGUUGGCAGACGAGCGGCAGCACUUGGCGCAGAUGACCCAAACGGCCCUGAACUUCGAAGAUCGGUGUGAAAAACUGCAGAAGGUUGUCUCCGACCUUCAAAUCUACACGGAGAAGCUCAGCAUUGAAAGUGCCAAUGGAGCUGUGGCUGCGCGGCGGGCCAGUGACCUUGAAGAGAAGUACAAUGAACUGUCUCUCCACGCGGAUUUCCUGGAGCAAGAACUACGUCGGAACAAGAAGACAGUGGUGAUUCUGGAUGACAGUUGUGCAGGCUUAGAGCAGAAGCUGGCAAAUCAGAGAGACAAUGCAGUCGAAGUGCUUGCUGGCCGCUCCAAGGCAAGACUUCGUUGUGUGGGGCUUCGCUGCCUUUCCGCUUGGCGUCAAUGGCUCAUCAUGGAACAGGCGCAGAAGUGGAGGGAGGCUGAGGCGACGAAGAUUCUGGAAGCGUCAGAUGCAUACGCCUUGCGCCUGCAAGGCCGAACAUCAAACGCUCUUCACAACGUUGGGACUGCUCUUUUUCACCAGCAAUGGCAGACUUUAAUGGUACAUGUAUUCUUGUCGUGGCGUUUGCAUUGCAAAGUUGAGACCUCCGAUGACUGGCGUCGUCACCAGGAACAGAUCACCAGCACUGGGAGAGACCAGGUGCUUAAGAAUCUCUUGGAGACUGCCUUACAAGAGAGCGCCCUUUUGGACGAUGACGAGGAGGAACCGAGCAGCGCAAUGGCUUUGCAGAUACCGAGCAGCCCUCUUGGUCCGAGCGGACCAACCCGUAGCGAUCCUAGUGGCCCUGGCGCUAGUGUGCCCAGCGAGAAGGCUGUUUCUAAAGCAGAGCGGGUGGCGGAAGCUGUCGCAGAGAAAAUGCACAGGCAGCUCUGCGAGGAAUUGCUCAAGGAAACCUUUUCUAUUUGGCACCAGGAUUAUCAAUCUGAGGCUGCGAAGAAAAAAGAAGAGCUAGAACGAAUUGCGAAGAAGAACUACGAAGAGGAGAAGCAAAGGCUGCAGGCAGAGAAAGAAGCUGAGGCUGCCAAAGCUAGAGAGGCAAGGGAGGCACACGAAGCAGAGAUCCACGUUCACCAGGAGGCUUGGGAGCAAAGCCCAGAGGAGCCUGUGGAUAUGCAGAGACUGCGUGAGGCCGAACGUGAGGCACUGCAACGACAGCAGCAGCUGGCUGCAGCAGAACGCGAGGCAUUGGUGGAGCAGAUCAAAGCAGCGCGCCGACAGCAGUCCUUCGAGAUGGAAAUUCUUAAAGAGCAGGUCGCUCGCGCGGAAGAUGCGAGGCGCUCACAGCAAGAAGAGCUGGAGCGGCUAAAGGAAGAGGUGACAAAGGGCUCUGUGUACCAGGAAAUCUUGCAGCAUUUCAAGAUUGCUCCAGUGGCAUCUCAAGGGGUCCUUGACAGCACAGUUGGUCCCCAGACAGUGGUGGGCGCCCCCAGCCAGGUCUCCGCAAAGACUGUUGCAACACGGAGUGUUUCCGUGGAGGCCGUCCCUGCGAUCCCAAGACAUCAAGCCAGCAUUAGGCCAAAUUUGUGCGGCAUGGAGCUGGGCAGAAAACAGGCUGAAUUGUUGGAGCGCAUGCUCAUGAAGGCUGUUCUUCAGGGCUGGCAGUCGAUACUUGGUGGAUACAGGCCUUUUGAACCUCGUGUGCGAGAUGUACCCUGGCAGACUCCUCCAGAGGAACCCCUGCUGGCACGGCCGCGAGGACAGAAUUGGGCGAUGGCUGCUGAGUUGGCGACGCAAGGCUUGGACAAAUGGUCGGAAUCAAGCCAUGAUUCCCUGACUGCAGCGGAUCUCUACGAAGCCUGUGCUCGUGCCCAUGCCACCUUUGCCAGCUGGGCUGUCAGCUCUAGCCGACGGCAGAUGUCAACAAGUCCGGUGGUGGCCGCCUCCGCAGAAGAGGAGGCUGCAGAGCAAGCAGUUCAGCGCGCGCACGAGAGCAUCUCCAAAGAUGUUAUGGAGGAGCUAGAGCAAGCUGCCAUGCAGCCCGCCUCCUCUUGGCCGCCACCUUUGCUGCCUCCACGACCUAUUCUUCCAGGUGACAGAGGUUGGGAUGAUCGUGUCAGACUGGCCUCAGGCCCAAAACGACGGCUGUUUGGGCCAGAAGACGACCACACCACGGAGGAGGUCCUGGUGGUCCAGAGCGAUGGCUAUUUAACAAGCUUCCAUCCAGUACCCAGAGAAAGCCAAGGUGUUCAGAAACCUUCGAAAGACUUGUUGGAUACAGAGGACUAAGAGCGACCGGUCUGAGGACGACGAAACAAAUGACCCAAACGGGUGCAUUUUGUACAUAGACAUAGCAUGACCUGGCUGUUGCACGGGGCCUGCCCUUCCUGUCUUCUUUCUGUUUCUUUGG